GCAACCAAGCAGUUUCUGGAGGAGAUCAACAAGUGGACGGGCCAGUACAAUGUGUCCCCACUGUCCUGGAAUGUGGCCGUCAAGUUCCUCAUGGCCCGCAAGUUUGAUGUCCUGCGGGCCAUCGAGCUCUUCCACUCCUACCGGGAGACACGGCUGAAGGAGGGCAUCGUGAAGCUGAAGCCGCACGAGGAGCCGCUGCGCUCAGAGCUGCUCAGUGGCAAAUUCACCAUUCUGAGCGUGCGGGACCCCUCAGGAGCCUCCAUCGCCCUCUUCACGGCCAAGCUGCACCACCCCAGCAAGAGCAUGCAGCACGUGGUGCUCCAGGCGCUCUUCUACCUGCUGGACCGAGCGGUGGAGAGCUUCGAAACCCAGAGGAACGGGCUGGUAUUCAUCUAUGACAUGGCGGGCUCGCAGUACACCAACUUCGAGCUGGACCUCAGCAAGAAGAUCCUCAACCUGCUGAAGGGUGCCUUCCCGGCUCGGCUCAAGAAGGUUUUCAUCGUGGGAGCACCCAUGUGGUUUCGCGUGCCCUACUCCAUCAUCAGCCUGCUGCUGAAGGAGAAGCUGCGGGAGCGGGUGCAGAUGGUGAAGAUGUCGGAGCUGAAGGAGCACCUACCCUGCGAAUGCCUUCCCGAGUACCUCGGGGGGUCCCUCAAACUGGACCCUCUGAGCUGGAACUGCCGGUUCCUGCCCCAGCAGAACGGGCACCCCGACCCCCUGGAUGAGCUCAUCCUGGUGCCGCUGGUGGCCCCCAAAGAUAACGGCUCCGUCCACGUCCCCGGGCCCAAAUCCAUCACCCUCCAGGAGCUGCUGGAUCACGUUAGCCACAAGCAGAAAAGGGGCAUCUACGAAGAGUACGAAGAUAUUCGGCGCAGGAGCCCGGCUGGCACCUUUGUCUGCUCUCUGGCACCCUACAACCAGGAGAAGAACCGGUACGGGGACGUGCCCUGCCUGGACCAAACCCGUGUCAAGCUGGCGAAGCCGUACAGCCGCCCGGAGCUGACAGACUACAUCAACGCAAGCUUCAUGGACGGCUACAAGCAGAGGAACGCUUACAUCGGGACUCAGGGGCCCCUGGAAAACACCUACGGUGACUUCUGGCGCAUGGUGUGGGAGCAAAACGUCCUGGUGAUAGUGAUGACAACACGGCUGGAGGAGGGAGGCAGGAGAAAAUGUGGCCAGUACUGGCCCCUGGAGAAGGAUUUCCAGGUGUGCUUCGGGGCCCUGACCAUCACCAACCUGGGCGUGGAGAACCUCAACCAUUACAAGAAAACCAUCCUGGAGAUCCACAGCUCAGAGACCAGGGAGCGGCGGCUGGUGUCCCAUUUCCAGUACCUGAGCUGGCCAGACUAUGGUGUUCCCUCCUCUGCGGCCACCCUCAUUGACUUUUUGGGGGCCGUGAAGCAGCAGCAGAGGGUGGCGGUCAGCGCCCUGGGACCUCGCUUCAAGGGUCACCCCGGGGGACCCCCGAUCGUGGUGCACUGCAGUGCUGGCAUCGGCAGGACAGGUACCUUCUGCGCGCUGGACAUCUGCCUGUCCCAGCUGCAGGACGUGGGCACGCUGAACAUCUACCAGACGGUGCUGCGCAUGCGGACGCAGCGC